AUGCCCUACUUCGCGCUGUGGCAGCCAGACACUGAGAUCACCGGGCCUCCCAAGAAGGCGGACCUCGAGGGAUGGAAGGCGUUGCCGCAGAGCGUGCUCGAGUCCAGGCUACUGUGGGUUUUGGGUCUGCUCUACACCCUGUACACCAGCAGGCUUCUGAUUGCGGACGGGGGCGUGUACGGCGAGUACUUCGAACUCCUGUUCAAGAGCCGAGCGGUCCACGCAACCACCAUCGACACCAUCCUCCUCUACGCCUUCACGCCAUUUUGGAUGUCGAACGACGCCACAGUGAGGGGAUGGAAGGGGUCUCAGGGACUGCUCCUCUUCUUGAGUUUCGUGCCUUUGAUUGGCCCCUUGGUUUACAUGAUACUGAGACCAAGGGAUGAGUAA